UACCAUAGCUUCGCUGGCCAACUGCCUUCGCAGCAUGAAGCAAAGUUCGACGAAUACUUCGCUUCUCAAGUCAAUGAGGUACAACAGCGCUACCUGUUCCGUAGCCGAAUGCAAGAGUCCGGCUGUUUCCAGCGCCACUAUCGCAUGGUCCUGCGCGACGGAACACUCCCAGUCAUCCAGCCGGCGCGUCGAGUACCACUGGCCCUGACAGGGCAGCUUCGAGACGAGCUGGAACGUAUGGAGCGGGAAGGCAUAAUUACGAAGGAUUUCUCCCUUGGAGUAUGGCCGGGCGCCAGCAGAGAUCCUCCAAGGUCGCCAACUACGAACACUACUGCCUGCCUUCGAAUGUGGACCAGCCCACCAAGUUAUCAAGCACCGUCAGCUUCGAACUUCCGCGCAGCCACCAGCACCACUCCACGAAGGCGAUGUCGUGCGAGUCUAGACCGGCACGUGGGCUACGAGAGCACAGGUUCUGAAACAGUCGACGUACCCCAGGUCGUACCAUGUCAUCACGCCGGAGGGGCGAUCCUUACGGCGCAAUCGCAAACACUUACUACCGAACGGGGAGGUCUUGCAGCGUGACUUCAGCGACGCGGAACCCGAGUGCUCGAUACCUGCUCAUCGCACCGACGAUACAUCGCCGAGUAAUUGUGUGACGUCAGCCGCGGACAUGUUCCACAGGGCACCGCCCACGCCAGCCAGUGUUACAGCAACUGUGGACAUUUCGUACAGAUCGCCGUCUACACCAGCACCAAGGAGGUCCCUGAGGCAAGCGAGACUACCACGACGACUGAAUUAUCAUCAGAACUUCAAACAGAUUUCCUGAACACGCUGUGUCAAUAUUUGUGUUUUACUUUCGUUACAAAUGUGUAACCUCGGGAGUAAUCACUAUACCACAUCUGUAAAUAAUUGCGCUAUUUAUUUUAUUUUAUAUCUAGUAACGAAAGAGGGUGUAUCGUAUCGCGUCUGACACGUGUGCUAUGCAUGAUAAUCUGAGGGGGCAUCGUCUCACUUCUCUGAAUAUCGUAGCAUGGUCAUCUGAGGGUCGUUGCUCCAUUUCAGUGUAUAAAGCAACUGAUCAAUAAAUCUCGGGCAGUCGUGCUC